GGCGGCGCCGAGGACUCCAGCAACAAGGCGCAUAUCCUCUUCGGCAGCAUCACGGAGUGGGGCCCGCAGGCGGCGAACUUCUUCCGCGCCGUCGGCUACCAGUGCCGCAUCAUUGCGAUCGCAGAGACGCGCAUGGGUGUCGAGGGCCCCAGCGAGCUGCGCGGCAAGCUCGCCAUGGACGGCUGGAAGCCCGCUGCUACCCCAGCCCUCCCGACGCAUAAAUCCGACAAGUGCACCGGCGGAGGCGAGUGGAUACUCGCCAGGCGUCGCGCGGCGGCCACUACACUGGAGGGCUAUAGGGGGCACUACCUCAAGACCAACAAGCGCCAGCCGUUCGCGGGAUUCGCCCCAGCCUUCUUGCGCACCAAGGGCGGCAGCGUCGUCGUCGUCGCUGCCUACAUUCGGCCUGGCCUCCGUGACAAGGGCGCCAACAGGGACAUCCGCAUGUCGAUCUCCACGUUCGUGGACAGGCUCGCUGGCCCUUCGAUCAUCCUGGGCGACUGGAACUACGAGCCGCCAUGGUGGACCGACAAGCCGCGGCUCACCUGCUGGAACGGCACCGUCGUCACCGACCCCUCCUGCACGGCCGCGCGCGACAAGGGCAAGGGCUCUGCCUGCGACGACGCGAUCGUCAGGAGCGACAUCGCCACCCACAUCGCCGCCCAAGCCGCAUUCGACGCGCCGUGGAAGACCCACUGCGGCAUCCAGGUCACCAUCCAGGCCGCCGAGCCGUGGAGCGACAAAGCUAUCGAGGCGUUGAGGACCAGGGCGGGAAGGUUGCAGUUCGACGCCCUCCAGGUCACCAACUACACCGCCGCCGGGGGCGACGCGCCGCUCGUCUUCCCCAGCACCGACUGGGACAUGGCCGUCGGCAUUGUCGACGCCUGCCCCAAGUUCGAGGGCCACCCCGCGGGCGCAAAGGAGGGCUGGUGCCACAUCUUCCACGCGUACGCGCCGCGCACAGCGAAGCAUGCCAACGCAGCCUACGCGCACUGGGUCGCCGCGAUGGAGAUCGCCUUCCUGGAGACGCACAACGCCCCCUCCGAGGAGACGGGCUACAAGACCGCGCGCCAGAUCAUGAAGGCCACGCCAGGGCGCACCUACCUCAAGGAUCCUGAGGCGGGGUGGUGGCAGCACUUCAGCACGCUGCUCAUCCGCUACACCGGGCAGCUCAGGAAGGGCACCCAGGCGAAGCUCAACCAGCUCGACAGCAAUGACUCCCACCAGGACCACUCCGGCUCCCAGGUCGACCCCAUGGAGGUGGACGAGCGGAUGCGGCAGGCCGCUUCGCUGGACUUUUGCGACGAGGGGGGCCUCCACCACUUCUGCGCCGCCACCGAGCGCUGGGCCAACAGCGCGAUGGCCAGGGCGGCGGGCCGCGCCCGCAAGCGCUACCUCGACGGGGCCAAGCGGGCCUGGAAGGAGCCCCCCGGCAAGCUCCACCGCAUCGCGGUGGGCCCGAGCCCUCCGAAGUUCGAGGCCAAGCUCAACGGAGUCACCGUGGGUGACCCCUACACCGUCAUGAACAGAGCUGCGGACGUCUGGCGACAGAUCUGGACCACCAGCAGCGCUCGCGAUGAGAAGCAGAUCAUCCAGGCUUACCUGGAG